AUGAUGCUCGGUGAAAUGGCUGCUCAAGAAGAUUCAGCGGCAAUGACGCCAGAACAAUGGUACCUUGCGCAACAGCAGAUGGCGCAGCAACAAUACAUGCAACAUUAUGAGAAGUUUGGAUAGGUCGUUAUCUUUAUAGAGUGGAGGAGUCUUGUUCAUAGAAUUUAGAGUUUCUAGAGAAUGAAAAAUCGUUACACAUCAAGGUUGCCACCUUCUCUAACUUUUGCAACAGUACCUUGCGGCUCAACAGCAACAACAGUACGAGCAGUACAUGCAACAGCAGUACAUGCAGCAGCCAUAUGCUAGCCCGGAGCCAACGCAGCAACUCACAGCUCAGAAACAGCAGUUAGUAGAUCCAACCACAGCACAACAAUACAUGCAGCAGCAGUCUCAGCUACCACAACAGCAGUAUUUUGGAGGAUCACAGCAGCUAGGAUCACAGCAGCUAGGUGUAGGAUCGCUUCCUCAGCAGCAAUAUGUGCCUCAGCAGCAAGCAGGUAUCGUGCAGCAGCCUGAACAAGCUGUCUCCAACAUUAAGGCUACCGCUGACGCAUCCCCCUGCAUCAUGAUCCUUGGCUUCUUUUUCAAGGGGAAAAAGGGCUCAGGGAUGGGCUCAAUGAUGCGACGUGGUAGCUCUAAGUUUAUGCUCGUCAAUUCAUACGCACCACAGUCGUCUCCUGCUGUGCAACCGUCUUCGCCGAUUUCCCAACCGCUAGCGUCUCCUACACAAGCUAUGAGCGCCCCCAAAUCCUCGGGAGGAAGCAAGGAAGCUCAAUCAGCAUCUCUAUUGCACACGUCACAAACAGCGGAGACGUCACAAGAAGCUGAGGAGCAAGCGUGGGAAGGUAUUCGCGUAUUUUUGAGUAGGAAAGAAGUUUGCAUCACAUUCAAUAGGCCCACACUUAUUUGGGAGGACUUCAUACUAAGAAACGAAGAAGAUCUAGACCCUUGAUUCUUUUACAAGUCCUAAUCAAUAGUAAUUUCUGUGACAUAUUAUAUAUCAUUACAACUAAGCUAAGUAGCCUCCUCCCGUAGCAGGAUCUUGUUAUAAGAUUUUGCCCUUUCUCAGAGGUGUGCUGCAAAUCUAGACUGCCUUCUUCCUUUUCAUAAGGUUGGGGCUUAGGUCCAGCGGGGCUCAAAGCACUGAAAUAAAACAAACCACCGGUUAGCUUUUACCUCUAUAGGCUUAGCCCUUCAAACAAUACAUCAUAUCAUUACAACUAUUCUACAGGCCGGUAGGUGCAGCAAACUAUUUAGGAUGCACAGAAUAGAAUAGUUGAACAGCUAGAUUCUCGCGCACGGUCAUGCUGUUCCUUGUCUCCUACUUCAAGUCCAGGGUUAGUAGUGUUGUGCCUCACUUCAUCAUUACAGCUAUCCGCUUUUUUCACUAUAUCCACAGGCGGAGGCGAAAGCGAGCUUCCUAGUCACGCUUUGACGCUCUCAUCAUCUUCAGGGUUUAGGUCAACUACUUCGGGGGGCGAAAUAAGCAACGUCAGCUUCAGCUUCAUACAAGAAAAGCAGACUCCCGAAGCAUCUGCGUCCUCGAAUCCAGUUACACCGUUAUCAAAAGCGGAAGUAGAUAAAUUAAGGGUAGGUUAAAGAUGUUCUUGGUGCCGUUCGUUUUGCCUCUCCUAAGGGGGAAAGGCAGAACGAACGGGGUAAACGAACACCGAAGACCUACCUCUAAAUAAAGGCUGCCUCGAGCAGGCCGAUCCAAAUGCAGAGUCCUUUUCUGCGACGAUAGAAGGACCUAAGCGCUUUGUCAGUCGUCUCAAAGUGAGGAACCGCGUUGAAAAUCCAGAAUACUUGAACUCCGCACAGCUGUUUGUAGACGGCAAGCUUGAAGCGGCCUGGCAAGGCGCAUCAUCGAAGGGGACGUUUGGUAUGGCUUGCCUUGUUUUGAGUAAAUAUGAGGAUGAGAGGACACAUUAUUUAUAUUUAUUGAGAGACGAUCAAUCUGAAUUUAGAAAUCAUUAGUCCUGCUACUUCUGAUUUCGUCGCUUCAGUAAAACCGCUUUCCAUUCUUCUAACUCCUUCCCCAUCGAGCGAGAGGCGUCAACUUUCGAAUUCAGAAGUGCGAAAAAGGGGACACCAGUCAACAUAUGUAGCGUGAAGCCAUACGUGAGUGCGCCACGUUAUCGCGGAGUAGGUUGCUUUUCCGAUUUUUUCACUGGAACGCAGAGAUCAUUGCCGGUGUCGAAGUUAUGGACAGAUGCAGAUGCAGUUUUAUCUAUUCACUGUAUCCUCUGAGUAACCUUAGUACGUAAAAAUUCUUCUCUGCUACCACAAAAGCAUCUUUCUAACAAAAGGCAGACAAGUGAAAGUCGAAACCUGCGCGCUUCUGUGUCACGGGCCUCAAGACGACCUUCCGGAGUACGAGUUCUUUGGGUUACAAAACGGUGGCGAUUGCUAUUGCGGUAGUCUAGCACCUUCUAGUCGGGUUACUGCCGGAUUUUGUAAUAAACCAUGUGCUCCUGCCGAUCAGAAUUCUGCCGACGCGGCUACAGGUGUCAAGAAAGGAGUGGGGAGUGAUCAGAUUUAUGGCUAGAAAAUGGAAAUUGAUGAGUGGAGGUCUGACUCUUGUUUGGUUGUAAUUAUAUUAUAACUGUCGACGUCACAUCUCUAUGUUUAUCUCUUGGAGGAGAUAAAAGUCUGAGUGUCCUCUUUUCUCUGAGUGAUGUUUUCUGAUUGAUAUUUACCUUUUAGAUAUUAGUGUAGUUUAUUUCCAAAAUUAAUACUAGGUUAUAUUUCUUACAACUAGAAGAAGUACAAUCUCUAACUCUCGGUGGCCCUAGCAACCGGUGCAUCGAUGGCGCCUUGCGGAGGCGAUAUGCAUAGUAGUCUCUAUCAAAUUGCCUUACCCAGACGUGCGCGUGAAGCUUUAGCGCCAGAAAAAGAUAUAGAUACGCUGCAAACACGACGUGGAACGUUAAGAAAAGUCGUGCGCAAUUUGCAGCGACAGCUGAGUCUAACCGGUGGCCAGAAAAUGGAGAACUCAGACGACGUGGCAACGGAGCGGAGAGAAGCGUACUUUUAUGGUGGGGGUUUCUGAACAUUGGUUUUUAGUUUUAGAAUCAAGCAUGUGUUGAAUGUCUUCCGCUAGCGGUGGAAGAAUUAUCAAUCGUUUGUUGAAAGUCUGACGUAGGAUAUUGCUAAAAACUUCUUUGCAGAUCUUGAAUUUAGUCAUCUGGCACUUCUAACAAGGACCAACGGCACCAGUGGAGGGACCGAAGUAUCUGCCGGGAUACAACACCGAUAGUUAGAGACGUGAGCUUUUUUCUAGGGGAUGCUAGCUAAGCGUAAGGAAUUGGAGAGUUUAGUUUUAUAUAUGAAGAUCACAAGUUGUAUUUGGUUUGUGAAGAGAUCAAAAAGAUUCUGACUCAUUUAGACUACAGCAACAUCAACAACAUUAUAGCAACAUUUUGAUCAAGCAGAUGACAAGGCUUAAGUUUAUUUCCAGUGAAUUCAACGAUCCUUACUUCUAGUUUUAGCCCACCAGUGCUGGUUGUAGCCAUUCGACUACUACUGACCGUAGCCAGGAUGACACAAAUGACUUCCCAACCAUUCAACAUAAAUUGUUCUCUGCAGUUAUUAAGGGGCAGUGAGAUAAAAACAAGGAAGAUGGGCAAGAAAAAAAGAGAAAUAGUCACUACGAGUUUCGACUAGAAGCUGAGUAUUGUUUUUGUUUCGUUUUGCGGAUUAUUUGUACUCCCGAAGCUGUUGCUUUCCAUUCAGAUGAGCGGGGGGCAGCGUAACCGUUCGUAAGGAUUUACUAUUGUCAGUUCACAACUAGAUGUGAACUGUGAUAUUUGCCAUUACAGACGGUCGGAUCGACAGGAGCUGUCCGUAUUUUUCGGUUUCUUAAGGUUAGGAUUUCGACAGUGUAUUAUGUUUUUUCUCUCAGUCAAUACGAAUCGUUAGCGUUUCAUCGUCCUUGUCUUUCCAGUGAUACACGACCUAGGUUUUUAGGUAAGAACUAAGGAUCCUACAAAUUUAGCAAACGUUUAUUUCCAGUUUGAGUUUGAGACCUAACAAUAAACUUCCAGAUGAGUUUGUUGAGUUUUACAGCGAAGAAGAUUUUCUUCUGGGUAAAGUUAAGGAGGCCUGUAGUGAGUAUGCGAUUGUUGUGUUCCAAGAACGCUAGCCAUAUGAUCUCUCCAUUCGUUGGGUUUCACACGAACACGCACAAAAAAAUGAAACACUAGUACAGCAAGAACUUCUCCUGAAGAAGUGCGACGUCCUCGCCGGUAUCAAUGUCACAAUAGCAACUCCUUGGUGACCGCGUUACAAUAAUUUCUUUUAGGCUUAGAUCUGUUUGCACAGUGAUAAUCAGCAACAUGAACUGAGCCCAGUUAUUUUCGCAGAAAAAUAUUUAGUGUAUAGGAGCAUGUGCCAGAGAGUUGUUGCGCAUACCAAUAUAGACCACCUUUAUCGUGUUGCAUAGACAUAACAACGAUUCAUCAGUCGUAAAACAGUAACACAUCAAGAAUGCAUGGAGUUGCGUAGGCGAAAUUGUAUAGUCGAAGGUUCGCUCGUCGCUCUCGCAUCAUAUUACAGUAUGUAACCACGUGCAACGAAGAACUUAGAGAUAGUGUUAUACAGUCAGAGACUGUAGUGGAUGGUAAUUGAUGAUUGGUAGUCCCGCUCCUGUGGCUGCGGACGUUCGCCUGAGAAUGCAGGCCAAACUGUGGCCGGCGGACAAAUUCCUAUGCUAUCCUACCAUAUUCACAUACUUCAUAGUCUUUUUCUUGUCCUGUUGCUAGAGCAUGGGGUUCGUGUGAUGGCGAGCCUCAUCUGACGUCGCGGCGGACAUAUGCCCAGAAGUUCCGCUGCGCAUCCGAAGCCGUUGCGCUUGAAACUAUAAAAACCCGCUAGGUGGUUGAAUACUGCCCAUUGGCUUAAUGUUGGCCUUCGUGCUUAGAAGUAAUCGUUUGCGUAGUUCUAGCGCCUGGCCGUUGUGCUUCAGGCUCCCUGCGGGGUAAUUGAGUGGAACUAUUGCGGGAAAUUGUAGACCCAGGCACGUGAAUGAGUGACGUACUCCGUGGCCUUUCUCUUGUUCUGCUGCUAGAACGCAUGUUGCUACUAUCCUGGGAGAAAGUGACUAUCAUCCGGGGUCGAGAACAAGACCACCUCCCUGCACAGAUUAAUGCAUAUAGAGUGCGGCCAUGUAAGGUCGAGAAGUAGCGGCAAGCAGUAAAAAAAGUACAAGCAUGGGACGACCCACUGCCGCGGAAGGGG